UAAAGCAUUCAUAAUCUAGAAGCUUGAGUGUCUUCAUUCUAAUAACACGUAUUGCUUUUUGUUGAUAAAUAAUCAGUCGGGCGUGACGAUAAAUUGUGAUUGUGAGAUAAAACAUAUUUUAAGUAGUAAACCUACGUAAAGUUUUAUCUUCAUUGAAAUUUUGUUUAAAAAUUUAGGCUGGAAGUUCAACGGAUCGCCUAGUUUUCAUAAAUUACCGAGUGUUUUGUUUAAACAAUUACGAAAACUGUAAGAUAAUUUUGUUUGCAGUGGAGUUUAAUGUGAAAUAUACUUAAAUAACAUUAACAAUAGACGAAAUGAUUUAGUGACAUGAUGCGCUUAAUUUAGAGAGUGUUUACGUAAAGUAAAUGUUGAUGAUGGACGAUGGCUGUCGCCAUGUGGUGACAUCAGACAUACAACAAACUGAAAUGUUACUGGAACAACGAUACGCAUCUUCUGACAGUCCACUGGAUCUUCGGGGAACUUCGGUGGAUGAAAGAAAAACUCCAGAAGAGAAAUAUCCAAACAAAGAAAAACACGUAAAAAAAAAUGGGCAUCAGCUAAUCAAACCACCGUAUUCCUACAUUGCGUUAAUUACAAUGGCAAUUCUUCAGUCGCCACAGAAGAAACUUACUUUAAGUGGAAUUUCUUGGCAAAACUCAAUCCGGCACAACUUAUCUCUGAAUGAUUGUUUUAUCAAAAUACCUAGAGAACCAGGAAAUCCAGGAAAAGGUAAUUAUUGGACUUUGGAUCCUCUUGCAGAAGAUAUGUUUGAUAACGGAAGUUUUUUACGACGCCGAAAGCGAUAUAAACGUCCAUCACCUAAUAUAAUGUUGAGAGACCAUCAUGCGUCAGCAAUGGUAGCAACAUUUCUUUCUCAAGAGAAUUAUCAACACUCUCUUUUUAGUCCCAGUUUACAUAACCCAUACUCUUAUAUACCGGGAUUACCGAAUAAUAUACCCAGCAGCAUACCGCUCCUGCCUCCUAUGGAUUUAUCCAGAUUAAACCUCGGACAUUUAAGUAUAAUUUCGCAACCUGCAAUAUGUAAACCUGUGCCGAUGCAACCGCCCAGCGUGACUCCAGUUUCUUCAGACAAUGAAGAGUUAUCUGUAACAACUGAGAUUAAAAAGAAGAAUAAAAACGGUUUUUCGAUAGAUUCCAUUAUGGGAAAUGAAGCCCGUGUUUUAAAUAGGCAGCACAAUUUGUUCAUAAUGAAACAAGAAAACUCCUCUACUUCUUUAGCGAGAAUGUCGAAUCAGGCAUCAGCAUUUUCUCCUUUGUCAGAGGACUGGACUAGGUGAAAUCGUUAUCUGGAAAACUCAUAUAUUUCACCUUUACUUGAAUAUAGGCCAAAGACAUUUAGUUAAUGAAUUUACGUGUGAUUGUAAUGUUGCAAUAUUUAUUGAAUAGGUUAAAUAUUUCUGGUAAUUUAGAACGAUUCUCAGUAUAAUUUAUGUAAGUAUAGACACAAAACAAUUACAUAAAUAUACUAUGUAUAGACGCAAUGAUAAAACUUAAUUACUUAAGUAACGUAAACUGUACAAUUUAUUAUUUAUAAAAUGUGUACAUAUUUAAAUGUUGUAGUAAAAGUGUACAGAAAUGUGAUUAUUUAAACUUCUUUAUUACUGGUCAUUUUUUUGGCUUCUGUUUUUGUAAUUCAUUAUAUAACAAUAUUAUCUCUUGUUAGUAGUUGACACGUCAUAAGAUUUGAAAUAUCAUUCGUCAUUAAUUUAACUUUAUCGCUGCUGUAAAUAAUCAGAAAAUUUAAAAAUAUGGAAUAAAAGUGAAUUUGUAGGAAACAAC